CUCCAGAUACUUAUUGACAACAAACAAUAUUACAAGUUUAUGGGGAAAGACAUAAAUAUGAUAUCACUCAUCAAGCUGGACAUAGAGGAUGGGAAAAUUGUUCGCCACGAGGAUUGGUGGGAUAAAAAACCGUUAUGGAAUAGAGAUACGGUUAAGUUGCCCGUCGUUGGUCGAAUCACUGAGAUGACACGCCGAGCUUCCAUGUUUGCGACCCAUGCUCUUAUGAGGUUUGGCAAGGACCCGACCAUGUGAUGUUAUACGAACGACAGAGGGCAUACUUUUUAGUCUUCUAAUAUGCUUCUAGCUUAAUCUGUCAUUCCAUAUGAAUUUGGUGGCUUAUGCUGUCCUGUUUGCCAACUUCUUGUGAUUGUCUUUGUUGGUGAUCUUUCAUAUAACAGACGCAUUGCUCUUGGUAAUACGGAUUAAUUAUAUAGUCCUUAAGAGGAAUUGGGUAUUAGGAGGGGAGGGUAGAUUCCUUUCUUUUUCAUUUUCC